AUGUCCAAAUAUAUUCAUGUGAAUUUAUCAUAAUAAUAAUUAUUAUCAUGUUAACUAUUUUUUAAAAAUGGAUAAUUUUGUUUUCUCAACAUCAUAACAGUGAGGAAAAAUAUAAGGACUUAUGCAGAGCGAGUGGUUGAGAAUACCACUCUGUAAACAUCCAGGUCUAUCCUGAUACGCUUUGAGUUGAAGUANAGCGAUAAUAAUAAUGAAUGGAUUUGCUCAUCAACACUUUUAAAACACAAUGAUCGUAUAAAUUGUUUAAUUAUGAAUAAUGAUGAAGAUAUUAUUAUAUCAAGUAGUUCUGAUUAUACUAUUAAGUUUUGGGUAAAGCAAAUCGAAUGGGUCUGUUUAUAAACAAUAACAGAUCAUAAAGAUUGUGUUUAUUAAUUAAGCUUAAAUGACAAAUAAAAUAAAGUUAUUUCAUGUGGAUGUGAUCAAUUAAUAUUAGUAAUUGAGUAUUCACAAUUUUAUGAAUAAUGGAUGGUCAUAUAAACAAUAAAAGUUGAUUGUUAUGGAUAUAGAUUAUGUUUUAUCAAUGAUCAUCUUUUCACAUUUCAACCAAAGAAAAGCAAUGUGAUGUAUAUCUAUGAUAUGAAUAAUGAAAGUAACUAGUUCAAAUAAACUAAACACAUUGCUGUGAAUCAAGGUCAAGAUAAUACAAUAUUCUUCCCAAAAUAAUAUAUUAAAUCAAAAUAGUUACUUGUUUGUAAACAUGGUAGGUAUAUCAAUUUAAUAAGAAUGACAGAUAAUCAUCAAUUUACAGUUGAGUAAUCUAUUCAAUUUGAUAGUGAUAUGUUAUUUGGAUACAUGACUGAUGAUGGAUAGUAUUUGAUUACUUGGGAUAUUUCAUCUAAAGAAAUAUAAAUUAGGAGAACUAUACAACAAUGA